CAUCCAUGCACAGUUUCUGCAGCGUCAAUCCUGAAGUUUUGUGACUUGCUUACCGGAUGCCGCAAUAUUGUUCUUAAAAUGAUCCACUAAGAUGUCUGAAGAUUUAAAGAAAAGAUUGGAAUUCCCUAAUUCUCUUAUUCAGGCCCAGGCCGUGAGGAGUUUAACCACUGCAGUGCUGAAAGAAAAAUGUUUGAGUGAGAAGAUCACACAGUCCUCUGAGCAGACCCCUGCGUUGGAGCUGCUAUGGGAGAAGUGCUGCGGUGACAAUGUGGUGGUGCGGGCUGCAUGCUGUGACGCUUUAGUGGUGCUUGUGGCCCAGGACCAUGCAGACCAUCAAUAUGUGCUCAACAACAUCCUGAAUCUCAUUCCAUCUGCCAGGAAUGUCCAGGGUUUAAUUAAUGUGAUUGGGAAGUUACUGCACAUGCAGGCUGUAGACUUAUCAGAGACUGGAAAAGAGAAAUACUCCUGCCCAUUUACAAUAAGGAACCCUCCACAUCCAUAUAUUUCUGUACUGGAAAACAGGCCUGACUGCUGGCCAGCCAUUCUGCAGCAGAUUGCAGCUGAUAUUCAGCAGUGCAGGGAAGAGAGAGAGAUAGCCUGUGUUUCUAUGCUGGCGCCCUUUCUCAGGUACCUGUACUGCGAGACCUCACCCUUACCAGAACAUGCUAAGCUGAGGCAGAGUCUCCUCAAAGCCCUGCUACCUUCAUUUGAGACUAUGGAGGAAAGAGAGGAGCCUUCUGCAGUCGACCAGCAAGUACUCCAACUGCUGUUUGAUCUGGUCCCACAUUUUCAGGUAAACAAUGUGACGCAGGUCGUGGAGUCUGCCAUGUUCCUUAAAGAACUCUCCUGGAGUUUUCUGGCGCACGCUGGGUUUUGGAGGAAGGAGCUGUGCCAGCUGUCGCUCCAGCUGCUAUGUGCCUGCGAGCUUAGCCUAAGGAUCACAGGGGAGUGCUCUGCUUUGAUUGAACUCAUUGAGCGAAAUAUAGACGCCCUUUCAGAGGACUUCGCGUCAUCACAGGUCAUAGUUGGACUGAGUUUACUCUUGCUGCAGGCUCCAGCAAACCAACAAACUCCUAUUCUCAAACUCGCUUUAAAGAUCAUUGCCCCUUCAGAGACACAGCAGUUACCUGCAGCUGCUCCCAUUCUGGUGAUGCCGUUACUGCAGAUCAUAUCGAGUGCAGCUGUCAUGGAGGUUUUGUCAGACAGUCAGAUUAGCACCUCCAAUCAGCAUCUGGCACUCGCUCUCCUGCAUACCGUUCAAGGACAAGAUGAAGGAAGAAAAGAGGACCCUCUACAGCUUUCAUUCCCAAUAAGUAGCUGGUACAGCAACACAUUCAUUACCUGGAACAUACUGGAUAGACUGAGCCAAGACCGAACCGCAGCUUGUGACUGGCUACAGUCUGUCCAGUCAACACUGCCUUAUAACGAAAGAGUCCCUGAACAUGUCACGCUGCUCGUUGCCUUCUUCAUUGCUAGAAAACACGGAGAAUGUUUUGAAAUUGCUUUGAAAACAGCUGCUGAAUUGGCCAGAGCGGACCCGUCCCAGGUUCCCAGUCUUGUUCCUGUUCUUAUGUUCAAGUUGGGAAAGCUUUCAGACCCAGUCUUAUCUCAUGCUGUAUUGUACACACUACCUGCUUUGGGAACACACAAGUUUUGCGUUUCCCAGAUACUGCGCGCCUUACAGGUGCUGGGGAGCACACCCAAACUGAGAGCUGUGGUGCUGCGUCUCAUGACCUCACUGUGGGAGAUGCAGGACCGUGUGUAUCCAGAGCUGCAGAAGUUCAUCGGUAUGCUUGACAAGCCAUCCAUGUCACUGGGAAAGGAGGACCAGUGGGAGCAGAUUUUAGCCAAAGCUGCCUCUAUUCGGGAUAUCUGUAAGCAAAGGCCUUACCAACAUGGUGGCGACAUGCUGGCUGCAAUUUCCCAGGUACUAAAUCAAUGCACUAAGCCUGACCAGGCCACCCCUUCAGCUCUCGUUCUUCAAGGGCUGCAUGAGCUCUGUCGAGCAGAGGUUGUUGACAUUCGCUCGACGUGGAACGCCUUAUCUCCCAAGCUGAGCUGUGAUUCUCGCCCACUUGUAGUUAAAGCGCUGACAGAACUGUUUUCCUUGAUUCCUGUGCUAGCUGUGAAGACUGAGGAGUAUGAGAAAUUUAAAGUCCAGGUUGUCAGCAUCCUCUGGAGCUAUGCUCAGAGUAAGGAUCCUGUGGUAGCAAGCAGUGGCUACAAAGCUCUUUCUGAAUUCAGUGCUGAAGAACAUAUAAUACUUCAUCUUCCAGAGCAGGCCAGACCAGAGGUCAAGAAACCUGAAGCCGACGAAGAAAUUAAUGAAGAUGAGGAGGAGAAGGAAGAAGAUCUUUCUGUACCAGGCAUGUCCUACAUCAAACUCCUCGCACUAACACCUCCUGCUGUUUUCAGUGCACUUCAAGACUUUUUGGCAUCUCUCAUGAAGCAGGAGAUGGUUGCAAUGCCUCGCGGAGUGUACCACUCGGCUCUCAAAGGUGGAGCCUUGCGCACUGACCAGGGGAAGGCUGUAGCAGGGAUUCCAGGGUUCUUGCUAAAAACCUAUGAAAAGAACAGGCAGCCAGGGCUGAAACCUGGACUUGCAGCUGGAUUGUUGCUCUGCUAUGAUCUUCCCAUUCAGACUGACAGGGAUGGAAGGCCCAUCAAUCGAUUUCUUGUCAGCAGGGGACGCAGCUAUCAGCAGAUGCUGACAGCUCUUAUUCAUGAGGUGAACAUCCAACCAUCCGAAUGGCACCGGUCAAUCCUCUUGCCGCAGGGUUGGCGUGGGUUCAUGGGCAGGGCGUACCAUGCUCUGUUACAGGGUAGACAAGCAGAGCUUGAGAUGCAGCAAAGACAUGGCAAAGAAAGUCCUGAGGACAUCCAAUACAAACAAUUUACAGCUUGGCUCUGGGUCAGAGACCAACUCACCGAUGCAGUGAAAUCAGCAGCUAAGGACAGCCCAGUUAUGCAAGGAAACUCAAUAUUAGCUCUUACUGGGCUUGCUGUUGCCGUAGCCAAGUAUGAGAACAGCCUUCCGUCAGAUGUUGAGAGCACACAAGAGAUUGGUGCCGAAGUGUUGGCAACUAAGCACUGGCUUGUCAUGGUUCUAGACACACUGCUGAGUAUUGUUGACAGUUGCUAUCACCCCAAGGGCCGUGUUUUCCCCUGGUUCCAACAUAAAUCGUACUCUGGAGAGAACACAGCCAGUGCCAUUGCUCGCUCCUGCGCUGCCCUGGCUUUGUCUCUGAUGGUGCCACUGUUGAUCACAUCCCACAAGGAGAGCAUUAAGGAGAUCCUAAACACACUCAUGGCAGGGUUGCCAGGGAAACCACAUGCAGACGAGUCCCAGGCUGUGCAGUUCCACACAGGUCUCGCUUUGGGAAUGUUUCUCUCCAGUUUAUACGAGGAGCGUGUCAGUGAUGUCUCUGAUCAGAAAAUGAAUUUGCUCCUGAUGAAGUCACUGGAUGCGCUGGAGGGUUGCUGUUUUGACACCAGUUUGGAGUACAACACUGGAUGCAUCUUGGGAGUUGGUCUUGUGCUUUCCUUGAUGAGCCACGGCAGUCAGACUGAGUCCCGUGUGCAUGUAGCUGUGACCUUGGACAAGUUACUUGACAGCCUGAAGGAGAGCAGCAACCAGGGCAGGAUGCUGCAAGAGGUUUUGGCCUAUUCAGUCACUUGUGUCAGCGUGUCUGCCUUCAGCGUUGGCAUCAUCGAGGCCAACAAAGCAGAAGAAGUUAUGAAUAAGCUUAGAGCCCUGACAGAACAAAGUCAACAGACCCCGGGGUUUGCAUUGGCUUUAGGUAUAACUGUUCAUGGGUUAUCAGCCUGUGGGCAUGGUAAAGCUGAAGACUUUUAUGCUCGACUUCUGCCUGCCUGGAUAAAAAUCUUACUGACUGAGGGAUGUCCCACAAUGCAACGUCUGGCGGCUGUGAAUGGUUUGGUUGCUCUGGUGGGAUCUGAAAGUUCCCUUAUCCAGCUGAAGUCUGAUGCUGUACAGGCCACCCAGCAUCAAAGCCGGCUUAAUGAGGUCAUCAGAUCAAUAACCCAGAUUAUAAGUUUCUCAGGUGCAAUUGGACUGCAGUCGAAUGCCUCCUGUCUCAUAGGACAUGUCCAUCUUGCAAACUUGUCAUCAAGUCAAAGCAGGACUUCAGUUCCUCCAGAUUUUGGGUACUUGUCUGAGAAGAGUGUCAUCAAGGCUGCUGUGGAUUACAUCAUCGAAGCUGGAAAGAAAGGUCCUGAGUCCAUCCCCCCGGAGCUGGUGAAGGUGGCUCUGGAGCCUGUUGCUUCAGUGGGCAGCAGUUUCCAGUAUCCACCUGUCAACUGGGCUGCCAUUCUGUCUCCCUUGAUGAGGCUUAACUUUGGUGAAGACAUCCAGCAACACUGCAUUGAGCUAGCUGUGAGCCAAUCCCAGUCAUCCCAGAGUGCCUCUAUGUUUCUAGGAAUGUGGCUGGCACCACCUCUUGUUUACAGUGUCAGUCUAAAGACAAGAGGCUACCUUUACCAGUCUUUUUCCCUUUGGAUGAAACACGUCCCUGAUGACAAACUGCAGUCAUAUGUGGAGGCGUUGGCAGUUCAGCACUUCACAGCAGAGAACAGGCUGCAGUACCCAGGCCUGUGCCUGUCAGUCCUGGAAGGGCUUGUCCAAGCCGCAAAGCUGCCCAACCCAGCGCAGUACUGCUGGGGCAUACUCUGCAACACCACAGAAAAAAUCUUCCAGCUGCUACCAAAUGAAAUUCAGGACAGUGAAGUCGGUCUCUAUUUGGAAAUUGCUAAAUGCCUGUCGGAGAUGGCAGACACUGAAAUUGACAGAAUAACUCAAGUCACCAAGGAUAACCUUAUGAAGACAUCCCUCAUCAGGGCCUACCUGGUCUCUCAGGGCAGAGUCCCACUGCUGUGUUUGAAUGAUGUCAUUGCUGCUGCCUUGGGUGAUAGCCAGAAAGAGUCAGUCUGCUGGAUGUUGCUACAGAGUUUUUAUCAGGCACGCCUUGCAGCCAACCCAAAUACAGGAGUUCUAAACAGAAUGGAAUGGCUUUUAGAAUUAAUGGGCCAUAUCAGAAAUGUUGCUUAUCGAUCAACCCCUGUGGAGCAUGAAGAUAUCAAGCAGGCAACAGAUUUCCUUCUUCAGAUAUUUUCUGCUGCUGUUGUGUCAUGGGCUGACCAUACCUCACCUUUGCUUCUUGGAGUCAGUGCCAAGUGGUUGUUAAGGAAACAAGAAACUGCAUGUACCAACAGCCCCAAAGCUGUUUUUAGCAAACACUCAGCUGAUGCACUUUCGGUGCAGCAUUGCUUAACAGUUCUUCCAUACAGCAUUCAACUUUUGCUGGCUAAGGAACCUUGGAAAGGCCAAACCCAAAAGUUUAUAGACUGGUUCAUUGGAAUAAUGGAAGGUCCUAAAGACGGUCUGUCAGAAACGUCUAUUAAAACUGUAAAAGCUGCUCUUUUAGCCUUAAGGUUUCUCCCCGAGUUCAAAAAGAAAGCAGUGUGGACCAGGGCUUACGGCUGGUAGCUGUGCAGUCCUACUCCAAUUACCUAGGAUUGGGUAACAAUCCCGGAAGCUUACAAUCCCCAUGAGAGAGAAUAUACUGAACGCUGUGCCGCUCGCAUGCAUAUUCUUUGGUGACCUAAAGCAUCUUGGGUGUUUUAAAAGAUUGAUCCAGGGGUUAAGAUGUGUGUGGGUUCUGGGCUAAGGUCUAAUUGCUUGUAUUUUGUUUGUUAAACAACAUUAAAAACAGGCCAAUGUUCAGAAAAUGAAUUUUACAAAUAUUGCAGAUUUAGGCUCAUAUGCCACCAGGUGAUUGAAAACAUAACUCAGUUGCACCUUCUGCAGCCUCACUAUAAUUUGUACUUGAAAACUGUCAUUCAGUUGUUACGAUUAUGUAUAUGUUUUGUGAUGUUCAAGGGGGUACCACGGGGGAGGUGUCGAUUAGUGAAUUGGUGCCCAGCAUAUACAGAUGUGUAUGUACAUUCUGAAACUGAUAGUUAUUUAGAAGUAGUGAAAGAAAGGUAAACCUCUAUCUGCCAUGCAUUUUGUAUUUGAUACUAUAAUGUAUAUUGUGAUGUUGCUGUCCAAGUGAUUGUAGUUAACGAAAUAAUUCCAUAAAUUACCUGCUGUGCACUUCCAUUUGUUAUAUUGGUCAGUUUUGAAAGAAACACGUUACAUUUAACAUGUGUUUUUAUCUUAAAGCAUGAUAUCUGGCACUGCUCUAGGUCAAAGAAAUCUCUGUUUGCAACCCGAGCUUUCAGAAAUCGUCCCCUAAUUACCACCUGCUUCCCCUACUGACUAACAUGCUUUCAUUAAAAUCUUUGUGAAAUUAGGACAGACAAACGGGACAGAUUUUCCAAGGUAUGGAAACCAAGAACUUUCUUUAACCUAAUGUAAUAUCAUGUUUUAAAAUGAAAAUAUAAGUUUACUAUAACAUGUGUCUCUUAAAGUGCACAACCGGGGCCUAUUUCUGCCAGCUACCGAUCACUUUAGUUUGACUGCAGUACCAAAUCUUUUCCCCCAGUUACUUGCAGGUAGAGGAAAUCAUUGUUUACAAGCUAGGGUAAAUGUUCAUUUGUUUAACAAAGCUUAAUGCCAGUGUUUUGACAAUGGUGAGUUAUGAAUGUAAAGCAUGCACUGUUAGUAAUGUACCCAUCAUGUAUUUGACAAUCAUAUGUAUUCUUAUACACACUGCUUUAAAAAAUAAAAUAAAUUCUGUGAUUUAGAGCAUGUAUAGACAAUUCACUGAGUAGUGUGGCGCGUCUCUAGUGGUUGAUGGAGGGAGGGAGGGAGGGUAAAGAAAAUUGCUAAUCUUUUACUCAGUCUUCUACUGUAUCUGGCUGCAGAUAUGUUGUUCAUCUCCUUUUAUUAAAAACUCCACCCAGUUAUUUUUACUGUUUAUCACAUGCCAAAAGAUAAUAGCGUAACUAGAAAUCAUAAUAAAUCAACAUCAUAAUAAAGGCCAGGUCUUGUGAUUCAUUCACUAUAAAAUGUGCUAUCUGAAAUUGAAAAAGGUUUGAUUAAAAUAUUUAUUGAAAAAAACAAGUAUGAUAUUUUGUCACCCAUACUGGACUGUGACACUGGUAUCAAAAACAUAAUUGAGUAAAUUCAAGUUCACAAAACAAAAAUCAUGUUUUACUUAUACAGACAUUCAGAUAAUAAGGUUUAUAAAUAAUGAUUUGAAUUGAACAGGUCAAACCAAACCAACAUCAUGUCGCUGUUAUGACCAUAAUUAGGCUGAAGGUAAGUAAAUGUAUAAAGUUAUAACAUAUAUAUAUAUAUAUAUAUAUAUAUAUAUAUAUAUAUAUAUAUAUAUAUAUAUAUAUA